AAAAACUUGGAUUGUGAAAUUCGAUGUUCGGUGAAGAACCCUAAAUCCCAAAUUCCUGAAAAAAGAAAACACGGGUUCUUUCUCAGUGGUCCUUUCGUUGUUGUAGAAGCAUCAAAGACAGAAUUUUGCUGGAAGACGAUGGUCAUUGGGAAUCUUCUUGACGUUCAUCCCACAGAACUGAAAUUCACAUUUGAAUUGAGGAGGCAGGCUUCGUGCUCUAUGCAACUCAGUAAUAAGACGGAUAAAUUCGUGGCUUUCAAGGUGAAAACGACCAAUCCGAAGAGGUACUGCGUUCGUCCGAACUCCGGUGUUGUCCCACCCGGAGCGACAUGUGGUUUCACUGUCACAAUGCAGGCCCCAAAAGAGGCACCUCCUGAUUUGCAAUGCAGGGAUAAAUUCCUUAUUCAGAGUAUUGUUGCCCCAUAUGGUGCAACUAUGAAAGAGAUAACAUCAGAAAUGUUCAAUAAGGAGUAUGGGAAGACUUUGGAGGAAUUCAAAUUGCGGGUUGUCUAUAUUCCUGCAAAUCCUCCCUCUCCUAUCCCUGAAGAAUCUGAAGAAGGAUCUUCUCCAACAGCAUCUCCUCUCGUGGAUGGAAACAAGACCACCUCAUUAUUUGAUGUAACAAGAUCUUUGGAAACACGUAAGAAGUCUUUAGAGCAGACAUGGUCUAUUAUUUCAAAGCUGACUGAGGAGAGAACUUUAGCCUUGCAACAGAGGCAGAAGUUAUCUCAGGAACUGGAUUUGCUGAGAAAAGAAAUUAGGGAGAAUCGUGUGAACAGCUGCUUCUUAUUGCUCUCUGCAUUGGUUGGUUUACUGGGAAUCCUGAUCGGCUACUCUAUAAGAUAGGAGCUACACCUGAAGGAUAACUCUGCUAUUUGGGUGCAGCCUUCAUUGUUCGAGAGCUUGCUUGACCUUCACAGUUUUUAGGACUUAGCAUGUACAUCUGUAGGAUCUUUAAAGGUGAUGAAGUAUGAAACGAUUUUUAUGUUUAUCACAGCUUGACCUUUAGUAUUUUAAGGAUCAAGAUUUUGUUACAUAAAAUAAUUGAUCAUGGAACUGGACCUCUAUGAAGUUGAUCAUGAAGUAGGUCUAUUUGGAUCGCUUUCCCUUGGUUCUCC